UAAUGACAGUACAACUAGAUCUGGCAUCGCUGAAGCCGACGUUUUGCAUUAACUUGGUUGAACCACAAAUUUAUGCUAGUGGCAAAUAUUAAGUUUGUUUAUCAGAGUUGAAGAAAACAGUACAUUAAAUCCUUGUGCGAAAUGUCACAGACAGUUCAAGAAACAACCACGUACUGAUCGGACCCGAAAGAAAAUAUAUUUCGUCACAUUGAAUGGACUCUCUCAAUCUCACGAGAAUGUUAGCGGCUACCGAUCAGACACCGUACAGCAUGGAGUCACCGGAUGGGCUCAAGUACGACACUCCGUUCAUGAAGCGCCAGGAGAGUCUGAUCAACAAUCGGUUUCAGUCGGACGUGACGUUUCUGGUGGGUGAAAAACGCCAACCGAUCUACGCCCACAAGCUGCUGCUGAUCAUCGCUUCGGAGUAUUUCAACGCGAUGUUCAACGGAAACUUCAAGGAAUCCAGCUCGGAUGAGAUCGAGGUACGGGACAUCGAAGCGGACAUUUUCCUGGAGAUCCUGAGGUUCAUCUACUGCGGCAAGGUUCGGCUUACGAUCGAGAAUGUGCUGGAGAUUUAUGUGCACGCACAAAAGUAUAUGUUAAACGAAUUGCGUCGUCGAACGGUCCGGUUCCUGGAGAAACACAUCGACGCGGAUAAUGCACUGAAAAUAUUCGCGCAGAAUCGGCUGUACGAGUUUUCAUUCAUCAACGAAAAAUGCCUAGCCUUGAUUCGGAAGAAUCCGUUGGUUUACUUUCACCACGAAGAUUUCUAUGUCCUGGACCGAAAGUCACUGGAGAUCAUAUUCGCUAGCAAGAAAAUUAACUGCACGGAUGAGCAACUGUUCCAGGCACUGCGUGACUGGAAGAAGAUCAACGAGCAUGAAUACGUCAGCGAACUACAGUCGGUAAUCAGUGCCAAACGAUCGUACAACUGUUCCAAGCUCCGAUUCUUCGGUAACAUGUCAAAGACGGAGCAUACCGAUCUGAAGUUUUCCAUCGAUUACACCCAUAGUUUGGCAUUUUUCGGCAUUGGUGUCUUCAUAAAAUCACCGGAAAGCGUCGUUACUGUUGAGGUAGAGAUAGCGGAAAAUCUGGAAAUCCUCGGCCGACAUCGGUUCGAGUACGAAAACAAAGACUACUCGGCAGUGAACGUGGCUAAUCUGUUUUUCGAGGAACUGACAUUGAGACCGGGCGAUUGGUACACGAUUUCGGUUAAGUUUAGUUCCGAGCUAGACUGCUUUACCAUCACCAACCCACAGAUUUGCCACGAUAAGCUGAAGCUGUUUUUCGAUAGUAACUACAACACAAUCAGGAGCGUAGUAUCCCAUUUCUAUUGUGAUGAGAUUAAAAAGUGAAUUGAUCGGGUGCACCGUUGGACAUGGUAUUGAAAACAAACUGAAAUAUUUUCUUAACUUUUAUUCAAAACUUUUCAUCACAAUCCGAAUAAAGAAAAUAAGCUAUGAAGCUUGGCUUAUUUUCGAACCUUACGUUGAAUCGAUCGUGAAUACACUGCGGCGAACUGAUGCAUUUCGCAGACCUGGAUAAAGAAAUAUGGUAAACAUCAUUUAGUUCUAUCUUAGUAGAAGGAAAAAAUAUAGUCAGUAUAUUGACUGUUGCCGUAUUUUCGAUGGUAUAAUCGCCGGAACCAAUUGCAAUCGAGUUAUCUCGGAUCGGAUUUUCGUAUCCUUUUUUUAAUGUUGCAGUAAUAGAAACUUGUUUGUGCUUCGGUUUAAAGUACACUCCAAUGCCUAACAAAUAUAUAGGUUCUUCCGAAAUUCGAAAA